GGGCGGCGCGGGCGGCGGGGGCGCCUCGGCCCGGGGCGGCCGCGGGGCGCCGGCAGGAGCCAGCAGCGUCUGCAGCCGCGCCGGCCGCCCGCGCCCCGGCGCGCUCCGGCUCGGCCAUGGAGCUGCCAGCUGUUGGCGAGCACGUCUUCGCGGUGGAGAGCAUCGAGAAGAAGCGGAUCCGCAAGGGCAGAGUGGAGUAUCUGGUGAAAUGGAGAGGCUGGUCCCCCAAAUAUAACACGUGGGAGCCGGAGGAGAACAUCCUGGAUCCGCGGCUGCUGAUCGCCUUCCAGAACAGGGAACGGCAGGAGCAGCUGAUGGGAUACCGGAAGAGAGGGCCGAAGCCCAAACCGCUGGUGGUGCAGGUACCUACCUUUGCCCGGCGCUCCAACGUGCUGACUGGCCUCCAGGACUCCUCGGCAGACAACCGCUCCAAGCUGGAGCUGGGCACGCAGGGCAAGGGCCAGGGCCACCAGUACGAGCUCAACAGCAAGAAGCACCACCAGUACCAGCCCCACAGCAAGGAGCGAACCGGCAAACCCCCACCGCCGGGCAAGAGCGGCAAGUACUACUACCAGCUCAACAGCAAGAAGCACCACCCCUACCAGCCGGACCCCAAGAUGUACGACCUGCAGUACCAGGGCGGCCACAAGGAGGCGCCCAGCGCCACUUGCCCGGACCUGGGCGCCAAGAGCCACCCGCCAGACAAGUGGGCCCACGGCGCGGGGGCCAAGGGCUACCUGGGAGCCGUGAAGCCCUUGGCGGGUGCGGCAGGGGCUCCAGGCAAGGGCUCUGAGAAGGGCCCCCCCAAUGGGAUGACACCGGCCCCCAAAGAGGCGGUGACGGGCAACGGAAUUGGGGGCAAGAUGAAGAUCGUCAAGAACAAGAACAAGAAUGGACGCAUCGUCAUCGUGAUGAGCAAAUACAUGGAGAACGGCAUGCAGGCGGUGAAGAUCAAGUCCGGGGAGGCGGCCGAGGGCGAGGCGCGCUCCCCCAGCCACAAGAAGCGGGCCGCUGAGGAGCGCCACCCCCCUGCCGACAGGACUUUCAAAAAGGCAGCGGGGACGGACGAGAAGAAGCCGGAAGCGCCAUCCAAGAGGAGGGAGGAGGAGGCGCCGGGGGCCGGCGACCCGCAGCCCCAGGACGCCGGCUCCCGCAAGCUCUCCCCGACCAAGGAGGCCUUCAGCGAACAGCCGCUGCAGCUCACCACCAAGCCCGACCUGCUGGCCUGGGACCCGGCCCGGAGCUCCCACCCGCCCUCCCACCACCACCAUCACCACCACCACCAUCACCACCACCACCACUCGGUUGGCUUAAAUCUCUCCCACGCGCGCAAGCGCUGCCUCUCCGAGACCCACGGCGAGCGCGAGCCCUGCAAAAAGCGCCUAACGGCGCGCAGCAUCAGCACCCCCACCUGCCUGGGGGGCAGCCCGGCCGCCGAGCAUCCCACCGACGUGCCCCCCACCGCCGCCCUCCCGCAGCCCGAGGUCAUCCUGCUGGACUCGGAUCUGGAUGAGCCCAUAGACUUGCGCUGCGUCAAGACGCGCGGCGAGGCCGGGGAGCCCCCAAGCGCCCUCCAAGUGAAGCCCGAGGCGCCCGCGACAGCGUCGGCGGUGCCAGCUGCGCCGGUGACAGCGGCCGAGAAGCCUCCAGCCGAGGCCCAGGACGAGCCUGAGGAGCCGCUGAGCGAGUUCAAGCCCUUCUUUGGGAAUAUAAUUAUCACCGACGUCACUGCGAACUGCCUCACCGUCACGUUCAAGGAGUACGUGACAGUGUAGCCGGAGGGCUUCGGAAGGGGAAGCGCCAUCCCCGCGGGUGGCUUAGCACCUGGUGCCUAGGGGCGGACUCCUCCUCUCUCGCCAGCUGCGGGAGAUCCGGGAUCCGGGCCUGCCCCCCCCUCCCCCCGCAGUGAGGACGCCCGGAGCCGCUGUAUCCGCGUCCCUGCGCGGCCCGCCGUGGGCUCCUGGCUAGGGCCCGACCCCGGCCCGGCCCGGCCCUGGCCCCUUGCACACGGUGCCUGCGGGCCUCUCGCCCCCCACCUGCCCCAUCCCCGCGCUGGCCCUCCCCUCCCCCGUGGAUCUCCGGGACUGACAAGGCAGCCACGCGCCUGGGUCUCAGAGUUAUAGUAUUAUAUUUUAACCGUGCUAACUUGUCCCGUUUGUACGUGGUGUUAUUAUUGAAAUGUAUUGUUUGAGCUCAAAAGGCCCGACCACCCCCUUCGGGCUGAUAUAUAUAUAUUUAUUUGUAGGUAUUUAUAUAUGGAAAUAUAAAAACCUAGAUUUAUGGAGUUUCCUCUAGAUCAUGUUAUAUUCUAUAUCAGACAAACUAUUUUCUGUUGACCUUUCUUCCUGUUCAUUCAGUAUUUCGGUUGAUUUCAUUCCCUCCCCUUCCUGGAACUGCAAUGCCAGGAACCUUGGUAUAUAUUUUUUGAUACUGUACACAUGGAUGUGUUGUUUCUAUGUGCAAAAAAAAAAAAAAAGUUUGUUUAAAAGGCUAAACGAGCUCUCUAGAAACUGCUGCUACUAGAAAUGUCUAAACUAUAAGCUUCCAAUUAUUAUCUGCUUGAAUGUAAAUAUUAAAUGGAGAUGUUGAAGGUGCA